AAAUCUAUAGCAGAGCCCAGAGAGCUAUUAGCUGAAUAUGGCAUCAUCAAAACAGGCUUAUCUUUCUCUGUUGGUUUUAAUACUUACCUCAUCCCUUUUUCUCUUUUCUGCUGCAAGACCGUUACCAGAGGACAAGAAAACUGACAAUUCAAAUGGUAAAGGUACAUAUCCUAAGAUAAUAAUAUCAGGAGGUGGGUUCGGAAAAGGCUUUGGCUUCGGAAAUGGGCGAGGUGGAGGAGGCGGAGGAGGGGGUGGUGGCCGCAUGGAAAUCCCCAUCUUCUUCCCCAUCCCUGGGUUUAGUAUCCCUGGUUUUGGCAUCCCUGGUUUCCCAGGCUUACCCCCUGUCCCUAUUUUUCCUUAUGCUGGUCCGGGUGGGGAAUUUGGAGGCAGUGGAGGAGGUCAAGGUUGGGGUAAAGGUGGUUCAGAAGGAAGUGGAAACGGUCAAGGUUGGGGUAAAGGGGGUACAGGAGGAAGUGGAAGCGGUGAAGGUUGGGGUAGUGGAGAUUCAGGAGGAAGUGGAAGCGGACAAGGUUGGGGUAGUGGUAGUUUUGGAGGAAGUGGGAGCGGAAAAGGUUGGGGUAGUGAUGGUUCAGGUGCAGGUGGAGGGAGUGGUCAAGGUUGGGGUAGUGGUGGUUUAGGAGGAAGCGGAGGAGGUCAAGGUUGGGGUAAAAGUGGCACAGGAGGAAGUGGAAGCGGAGAAGAUUGGGGUAGUAGUGGUUCAGGAGGAAGCGGAAGUGGACAAGGUUGGGGUGCUGGUAGUACAGGAGAAAGUGGGAGCGGAUAUGGAAGUGGUUCUGGAGAAGGUAAUGGUUGGGGCGGCGGAGAGGUUAGCGUCGGAGGGGAUCCUGAUGAAGGUAUCAACGUAUAUGGAGGGGGUGAAGGGUCGGACUGGGGUGGGGGCAAUGGUUCGGGUGGCUUCCAUGAUCAACCUCCCUACUUUAACAAUAUGUUUGCUUCUGCUAGUAAACAUAUGGAUGGCCAUGAAACAGAAUCAGAGGGAGGACCUGUACAAAGAAACAUGAACGAGCCUUAAUGUCAAGUAUAUGCCCUGGAAGAAGCAGCAGACAACAGUAUGCCCUGUUUCUAUGAUGUAUACAAUAAGGCGUAAAUCCUCCUAUUUAUGGUAGACAGACGAGUAAAUUAACUUGGUUUAAAAUAAGGUUGCUCACAUAGGGCCCAAAACAUUCUGAACACUUUUAAUCAACUGAAUUAUAUUCAUUGCACUGAUUCAGACUAUCAAAUAUGUGUAAACAGGACUCUGACUUCACAAUUUCACAAUACAUUAAACAAUUAAAAAUC